AGGAGACGGCAGGUCUGCACACAGCCACAGCUGGCUGGUGUAGAUCGCCAUCUCGCUCGACCCACCACUGAGCAGGAGGCCACAAAGCCGGCGUCGCGGUCGCCUCCUCUCAAAGAUUCUCUCCUCUCCAGUCCUCCCGCAUGGCCGGCGACCUGCGCCUCCGUCGCGCGCCGGCGGCGGAUGGGGAGCGCGCCGCCUCCUCUUCCAACGGCAAGGCUGGCCCGCCGUCCGGCGGCGGGGAGAGGGGGAGGAGGGAUGCGCUGGGGUGGCUGGAGUGGGGCCGCGGAUGGCUGGCCAUCGUGGGGGAGUUCCUAUUCCAGCGUAUCGCCGCCAGCCACCUCGCCAACCCGCUCGAGCUGCCCCCGCUCGACGGCGUCUCCAUCGUCGUCACCGGCGCCACCAGCGGCAUCGGCCUCGAGAUCGCCAGACAACUCGCGCUGGCUGGGGCACAUGUUGUGAUGGCAGUUAGGAGACCCAAGGUGGCACAAGAGUUGAUUCAGAAAUGGCAGAAUGAAAAUUUAGAAACUGGAAGGCCACUAAAUGCUGAGGUUAUGGAACUUGACCUGCUCUCCCUCGAUUCGGUUGUAAAAUUUGCUGAUGCCUGGAAUGCUCGUAUGGCACCCCUACACGUGUUGAUCAACAAUGCUGGCAUCUUCUCUAUAGGAGAGCCGCAGCGUUUUUCAAAGGAUGGUCACGAAGAACACAUGCAAGUGAACCAUCUUGCACCUGCAUUACUGGCCAUGUUGCUUAUACCUUCCCUUCUUCGAGGUUCUCCCAGCAGAAUUGUCAAUGUCAAUUCAAUUAUGCACACAGUAGGUUUUGUUGAUGCUGAAGAUAUGAACUUGAGAUCUGGAAAAAGGAAAUAUAGAAGUUGGUUGGGAUACGCAAAUAGCAAGUUGGCGCAGGUAAAAUUUAGCAGCAUGCUUCAUAAGAGAAUUCCUGCAGAAGCUGGCAUCAACAUUAUUUGUGUCUCUCCUGGGAUUGUCGACACGAAUGUUGCAAGAGAUCUUCCCAAAAUUGUUGUAGCUGCAUAUCAUUUGAUUCCUUACUUCAUAUUUGAUGCUCAAGAAGGUUCAAGAGGUACACUAUUUGCGGCAUCUGACGCCCAAGUUCCAGAAUACUGUGAGAUGCUGAAGUCUGAAGACUGGCCUGUUUGUGCUUGCAUUUCAUACGACUGUAAUCCAAUGAAUGCAUCUGAAGAAGCACACAACCUUGAAACUUCGCAGCUAGUUUGGGAGAAGACUCUUGAGAUGAUUGGCCUCCCAUCAGAUGCCCUGGAGAAGCUCAUCGCAGGGGAAACAGUUCAGUGCCGCUAUGGACAACAGGAGGCAGAAUAGGAUAUCACAGAUCCAAAUCAUACCGCUUUUAGUUUGCAGUUUCGUAUUGUGUCUGUUCCAGUUUUUUUAUUAGAGCACCUUUUGUUAUAUCAUUUUUUCUCACGUUUGGGUUUGGUGGACCUCGGAAAAAAAUAUGGAAAAAGAAAAAAUUGAGUUUGUUAACAAUUAUGCAUCUUUGCUCUAGUUUGAGGUCAUGGUUUUUUUUUGUGCAAAAAGGAUAUCGUAAAUUAGUUGUAGAAACACAUCUCACCUAUUAUUUGUGAUCAAUGAUAGUACUAUACUUGGGACAAAAAUUGGAUGA